AUGAAGAUUUCAUACCUCCUCAGCAUUGUCUUCUGCGUGGGCAGCACAAAUGCGAAACUUAUGGAGCAUGACCUCCUCGCUGCUGAAGGCAUGCUCAAGCUCGGCAUUCACCUAGCUGAGAACGGUCUUCCGAGCCCGGAAACAUGUACUUUGGACAAGGUUUCGGUUCGUAGGGAAUGGGCAACACUGUCCGGCAAGGAGAGAAUAGCCUUCACCGACGCCGUCAAUUGCCUCCACAAGCUGCCUGCAAAGACCCCAGCCUCUGUCGCACCUGGCGCAAAGAGUCGUUACGACGACCUGGUCGUCACCCACAUCCAGCAGUCGCUCACCAUACACGGCACCGGAAACUUUUUAACAUGGCACCGUUACUUCACUUGGACCUUUGAACAGAUGCUGAGAAAUGAGUGUGGCUACCAAGGCACCUUUCCCUACUACGAUUGGGCUCACUACGCCGAAGACCCAAAGAGCGGCCCUUUCUUCGACGGCAGCGCCUCAAGCAUGUCUGGCGAUGGCGAGUACAUUUCAGGACGAAAUUCCUCCUGUUUUCCAUGGGACGGCAUCACCGGUCCCUGCUACAUGCACCUCGAGCCUGGCACAGGCGGUGGAUGUGUCACCUCUGGUCCAUUCAAAGACUUCAAGAUCAAUAUGGGCCCGCUUCAGACUAUGCUCCAGAUUCCUGGUGGUCUCCCUAAGAAUCCGCAAGCCGAUGGGCUCGGCUACAACCCACGCUGCCUCCGCCGCGACAUCUCUCUCCAGGCUGCUAACGCCACCUCCGACUCCGAAGUCGUCCGUCUGAUCAAGAAUUACAAAGACAUCGCAUCCUUCCAGGCCGAGUAUCAGGGCGAGUUCGCCGCGGGUAGGAUGGGAGUACAUACGGGAGGACACUACACGGUUGGCGGCGACGCAGGGUCGGAUUUCUACAACAGCCCUGCUGACCCGGCGUUCUAUCCACACCAUGCAAUGAUUGAUCGUGUCUGGUGGAUCUGGCAGAACCUGGAUCUCAAGAACCGCGAGAAGGCGCUCGCGGGCUCCGCGGGCGGUAUCGGUGACACCACCGCAAGGAACGCUACGCUGGGUGAUCCGCUGGUUAUGGGUCCAUUCGUUGGGUACCCGAAUGUGACGAUUGGUGAGGCUAUGAGCACUAUUGGAGGGCCUUUCUGCUAUAUUUACGCGUAA